AUGAGCGGACGAGGUUACGAAUACAAGAGCUCCGGCACCAACAGCGAGGGCAACCACUACUGCGCCCGCGACUACGGUAGCAGCGCUGACAACUCCAACUCCUACCACUACUCCAACACUGACGGAUCCUACUACUACUCCAACCCCAACGGCAGCACCUACCACAACAACGGCAAUGGCGGUUCAACCUACACCUCUCCCAGUGGUGACAGAACCUCGUCCGGCUACGGUGGCGGAAGCUCCGGUAGCUCGGGCAAGAAGUGA